AUGGCCGAUGACCGACGCGACAGCCCCGAAAACUCGCCGCCAGCGCGGGAAGGGCAGAUUCAAAAUCCGACACCAGCACAAAGCUGCCAGCAAAACCAGACCCAAGAGGCUCGCCCGCCACCAAAAAAGCGCAGAAGGGUUGUGAUAUCUUGCACAGAGUGCCACCGUCGGAAGCAGAAGUGUGAUCGAGACCUGCCCUGCGCCAACUGCAGGUCACGCAACAAACAGGACGCGUGCAAAUACGAGACGGGCGCGCCGACGGCAAAGGAACAUCGCAAAGCCGAGGCAGAGGGUUCGAGGACGACGCAAGUCCAAAGCCUAUCCAAUGCGGCGGCGAACUGGGGCUACUCCCACGCGGGGGCAUCUACACUCGGCCUCAUGAGAAAAAUCGAGAGCGCAAAUGGGGACGGCUCAUUAUCCCACUUGAGUGGUGCAAGCCAAGUCGAGGACCAGUUCGCCACAAAAGAGCGCUACAAAUCUUUGAUUAGACAACUACCCGCCAAAGGCUACAUCGAGAAGCUUGUUGAGGUCUAUUUUCGCGAGUUCAAUUGGCAAUACUACGCGCUCGAGGAGGAUCUUUUCAUGCAACAGUUCGCUGAAUGGAACAACCUCCCUUUUAAUGUGCUUUCCAACUCUGGGCCCCAGGGGCUUUCGCCUGACCUAAGAGUGUUUCCCGCCUUGCUAUUCCAGGUGCUAGCGACGGCCCUGUUGAUACUUCCUGAAGGUUCCCAUGAGUUCUAUGAACAUCUCAAAUAUGCCGGUAACAUGACUUUUGAGGAUCUUGCUGCAGACUAUAGCGAAUCCGGGGUGGGCAUCUUGUCGUUGCUAGGAAAGCGGCAGAUAACUCUUACGACGGUUCAAGCUUCAUUCCUCCGGGCUGCAUUUUUGAAAUAUAUGGCCAAAGUUACGGAGUCGCAAGCGAAGUGGCACGCCAUUGGCAGCGCUAUUAGAGAUGCUCAAGAGAUCGGCAUGCACCGAGACAGUUUGGACCCGCAGCCAGUCAGCAACGAAACUGAAGACGUUCUGGAGAACAUGUGGUUGAUUCAGAGGAGGCGCAAGUUGUACAUGGUUCUCAUGACAUGGGAUAUUCAUUGUGCACUUGUCUUGGGACGUCCUGGCAGCAUCGAUUGGCGUAUACUUCCACCAAGUCUUCCGAUAGAUACGCCUUUGCCGAAAGACCGUCGUAAAACACCCAUUGCGCCAAGAGAUGACGAGAAAGAUCCACCCACGCCAUUGACUAGGGGUAUAUGGGCGUUCAAGCUCGUAGGUCCAAUGCGGGAGAUACUGGAGUUGGAACAUGAUGGCCCGUGUCCGAAAGACUAUGCGAAGGUCGACCGCGUACACCAAAUGUGCAUGGAGUUGGACGAAAUGGCUCCUGCUUAUUUUCGUCUAGAGAAUCCCGACCGAAGGUGGGAUGACGAACCGUCUUGCUACUGGCUUCAGUCGGUCCGUUUUUACUUGCCACAGAUGAACCUUUUCAACCUGAUGGCACUACAUAGGCCAUACAUCUUCAAUAGGCAAAAAAGCCGGACUGAAGCACUCAAGGCAAGCAUCGAAAUGCUGCACCGCCAGAUGCUCACAUUCCAAGGUCUGGAGCCUGGCUCAUGGCGAAACUUUUCGCUGUUUUUUGGCAGCUUCGAUGCUGUGGUACUCAUGGCGUCGAUUUACAUUCUUUUCCCUAAGGAGAACCUCGACAUGGCUGGAAGCGCAAUGCAGCACUUCCAUUGGACAACAGAGAGAUUCGAAGCCAUGCAAGAGAGAAAUCCUCUCGCAAAGGCGGCAAAGGGUGUCUUGCAAGCGAUCUUCUUUAAGUUCAAGAAAGCAGUCGGAAACCCAGCGCCGCCGCCAAGCAUGUCAAGUCUGGCAUCGCAAACGCCCGCGUCGACAACGACAACGGAGGGCAGCAGCAGCAGUGUCUCUGGGCGGGGGUCGGUGUCGACAACAACGAAUACGGCAGAUACGCCUGUAAGCAAGAGUAGCACUGUGGCAACGCCCACAUCGCUACCAACAGCACCCGAAACAUCGUCAUACCCCUUGCCAUCAUCACAUUCAGAAUGGACGAUGCCUAAUAGCUGGGACUUCACCUCGAUUGCACCGCUAUUUCCCAUGGGUGAUCUUAUUUAUCAUGAUCUCAACGGGAUACCGGAAGAUGGUUCGUUACCAGCCUGGGGGGCAGCAACGCCGCCGCCGCCCCCAGCAGCGGGGCAGACUUUUGAAGGAGAUUUCGGAAACGAUAGCGUGUGGAACAUUUUGAACCAGUACGACCCGACAGCUGCUUAA